GAGGACGUCGACGCAUCUCCAGCAGCACGCAUACAGAGUGAUGGGUUUCGUGAACAAGAUCAUCAGCCGGCUGGACUCGGAGGAGCAGUGCUCAGCGCUGACCCACGACCUGUGCACUAGGCACAUAGCCUACGGAGCCUUCCCACACCAGAUGCUGCUGCUGGGUGAGCAGUUCAUCGCCGUCGUGAGAGCCACCCAGGAGAGGUCGGGUCACUGGGACAGACACACGCAGGCCUCCUGGGAGAAGCUAUUCCAGUGGAUCACGUGGACGUACGAGCAGGCAAUCCACACCGCGCAGCGAGACAGGGAGGAGCUGAACUCGCGUUCUCACAGCGCCGUGACUAGUGGUUGUCUGGCGGGCAAGUGCCGGCGUCGGAACACGGACCCGAACUGUCAAGUGGAGCGCAGCUGAGCGGAGACCCGCAGCGACCGCGGCGGUCAGCUCCAGGUGGAGCGCAGUUCAGCGGAGGCCCGCAGCGACCGCGGCG